AAAAGAUACGGCAACACCCUAGUGAAUCGAAAGGAAUUUAUGGGGGACGUUUCUGCGAUUGUUUUGACAUUCUGCCUUUUUGAUCUCUUUUUUGCACGUGUGCACACAUAAAUUGAAAAUUUAAAUCAGGAUUGAUCCCUUUUUGUACUAAAAUAUUUCAAACGACAGUCAAAUAAAAGCGUUUUGAGAAUUUGGGCGUGGGGUCCAUCACUGAAUCCGUAACAAUUUUGAAAUAUUUUAACGUGCUUGCAUUAAUUCGCAAAAUGCUAAAGGCUAAGACUACCGAAGGUUAUAGCUGUAAGAUCUGCAGCAAAGCUGAUGAUUCACAGAUGGUUUGCUGUGACGAGUGCGAAACAUGGUACCAUUUUCGGUGCGUUGGCGUUACAGCUUCGAUCGAAAAUGUGGACUGGCGCUGUGCGGAGUGCCGCACUCCGUCGCGCAACACUAUGGCAGGGCAGGAGAAAGGCCAAGAGGGCACAUGCGACGGACUUGCUAAGAAUCCAAAUGCACAAGGUAAUGGUGGGGAGCAUGCCCAAAACGUCGUAGACGCCGAAGUCGACGUACGAGGUGCCCCACGCAGUAGUGCCAGCGAUAAGUCAGCAAAGAUGCGGCGACAACGUGCCGAAGCCGCACUUCUUGAAGAAGAGCUACAAAUUCUUCGUAAAAGAGAAGCAUUAAUUGAAAGGCGCCGAAAACUUCUACAAAACCUCGAAACAGAAGACGAAUGUUCCGAUCUGGACGAAGGGUUGGACUCAACCGCGGUGGAAAAGUGGCUUAAUGCAACUGUGCCUACCUUGCCCAACUCUGCGCCACCGAAAACACCGCACCAAGGUCACAAGACUCCAGCCGCGCAACCAGCCGGUCCCUCGGUUUCUCUCAGUCAGCCAAAAGAAGCACCCGACGACAGGAAUUUCCAGCUCCAGAUCCAGUCCCUGCUGGAAAAGGUUUCUAUACUGGAGCAAAGCGUACACAACACGGCCGUUCCUGCAACCGGCGCAACAUGGAUACCUAAAUUGGUACCCAAAUGCUCGUCAUCACCGACGGAUUCUAAGGCAACUGGCGAAAACGUCCCGAUGCCGUCACUCUGUCUCACCAAGAAUCAGAUCGCUGCGCGCACUAGUGUUGGUAAAGACUUACCUAAGUUCAACGGCAAACCGGAGGACUGGCCUUUGUUCCUAGCCACUUACCAGCAAACUACCGAACUAUGUGGGUUCUCCGAGGGUGAAAAUCUUUUACGUUUACGACACGCUCUAGAGGGAGCCGCUCGGGAUGCCGUCAGGAACUUACUCUUACAUACUUCAUGCGUAUCGCAAAUAAUCGACACGCUAAGAAUGAAGUUUGGGCGCCCCGAGCUUAUUAUCGCUGUACUCGUGACACGAAUCCGGGAAAUACCAGUCGUAAAGGAGAACCGUCUUGAGGCUUUAGUCGACUUAGCCUUAGAGGUACAAAAUGUUUGCGCAACAAUGAAGGCUUCGAAUAUGCUGUGCUAUCUCAACAACCCCGAGCUGGAGCAAGAGCUAGUGAACAAGUUGCCCGGACUUCUUGCCGCAUUUUGGGGUAUGCACAAGUUGCAGUUGACUUCCUGCAAUCUCGAAAACUUCGCGGACUGGCUAUUUCAACUCGCCCAAGGAGCGAAUAGUGUAUUGGUGCCGUCCGUGACUUCAAAACCAUCCACCAAACGUGGAUACUUAAAUGCUCACGCUGGCGAUGCCAGAACUGGGAAACACAGCCCGUGCGUCAUAUGUCAUGGAAAGUGUAGUACGACGGAGAAUUGCAGCAAAUUUAGGGCUGCGGAUAGAGCGGAGCGGUGGAACUUAGUGCGUCUAAGUAAUUUGUGCCGUCGCUGCUUAAAGGUACACCCUCGUCUUCAAUGCCCCUCUGAUGUCGUAUGCGGGAUAGAUGGUUGCGUUUCCAUACACCAUCCCUUACUUCACAAACAGCGGAACAAUCCAGUUAGCUCACCACUGGCUAACUCCACGCUAAACACUCAUAGCUGCGACAUGGAAUCAGUUUUAUUUCGGGUGCUACCGGUAACGCUUCACGGUAAGAACAUAAAGAUUAAAACAUACGCGUUUUUCGAUGACGGUUCGUCACUUACGUUGAUGGACGCCGAACUACAAAAGCAAUUGAGACUUUCGGGCACAGCACAGCCUUUGUGCCUGAAGUGGACAGCGAACACCCACCGUUAUGAAGACGACUCCCAGGUGCUCGAGUUGAAUAUAUCUGGGUUCAACGACAAAAGACGUUUCACGUUAACGAACGUGCAUACAGUAAAAAAACUUGAGCUUCCAAUGCAGUCUAUCGAUGCCAGUAAGCUUCAAACCAAGUACGCACACCUGCGAGGCCUUCCGUUGUCCUCCUACGUCGACGCCGUGCCGAAGCUAUUAAUAGGUCUGAACAACAGUCGCCUGGGCCUAAGUCUUCGAUCGCGCGAAGGGUCUGACAAUGAACCGGUAGCAGAAAAGACACGCCUGGGGUGGACAGUAAAGGGUGUCCUGGCAGCGCAACGACGAAAUUCCGGCUACCAUGCAUUUCACGUUUGCGACUGUGAUACCGCAGCAAACGCCGAGUUACUACAAACCAUUAAGGAGUACGUUCUUUUGGAUAAUCUGGAAGUCGUUGGAAAGGCUGGCGAUCUGAUAUCCAAGGAAGAAAAUCACGCGGUUGAGCAGCUCAAGUCUACUACCCGGCGUGUUGAUGGUCGCUUCGAAACCGGAUUAAUCUGGAAAUAUGCUAACCACACGCUUCCUGACAGCCUACCGUUAGCCUUGCGGAGAGCGCAGUGUCUCCAGAGAAAGCUUACGCGUGAUCCAGAACUCGCCGAGAUUCUGUCAUUCAAAAUCGCAAAUUAUGUGGCUAAAGGAUAUGCUAAGGAACUGCCAGCCGAUUCGCUGUUAGAAAAGGGGUGUUGGUACCUGCCCAUAUUCCCCGUACGUAAUCCGAACAAGCCACAAAAGCUUCGCAUCGUCUGGGACGCUGCCGCCAAAACCAGGGGGGUAUCUCUAAAUUCGAUGCUCUUGAAAGGACCGGACCAAUUGACCUGUCUACUAUCUGUCCUAAGAAGAUUCCGACAACGAGCAAUAGCCUUGAGUGGAGACAUAGAAGAAAUGUUCCACCAAGUCCGCAUCAGACGUGAGGAUCAAAACUAUCAGCGUUUUGUGUGGUUUGCACCCGGCGCCACUGAACCGUCAGUUUUCACGAUGACAGUUAUGACUUUCGGGGCCACCUGCUCACCUAGCAGUGCUCAGUACAUAAAAAAUCUGAAUGCAGAGGAGUUCCGGAACCGCUUUCCGAGAGCCGUCGAGUGUAUCGUCGACAACCAUUAUGUUGAUGAUAUGCUUGAUAGCGUGGACACAGUAGGUGAGGCUGUCAAGCUUGCCAGAGAUGUCAAGUUCAUUCAUGGGGAAGGUGGUUUCCAUAUCAGAAACUGGCGGUCGAACUCCGAGUCGGUCCUACAAGCACUGCACGUUGGUGCCAGUAAACCCGAAAUGAGCUUGAGUCCUGAUCCAGAGAUACCAGCUGAGAAGUUUUUACAUCGUAUACGCCAAGAUAUUAUUCCAGAAGAUUUGGCGCUCAGGUUGUGGCUGGGACGACAACAUUCGCGAUGA